AUGGCUUUCACCAGAUGUUCACAAGGCGAAGAAUACACAGUGGUGCACGACUACAGUGGCCAUGCCAAUAUAACCAUAAAGAGAAAGAACACCUGCCAUUGGAAAGGAUUGUGGAAUAAAAAAAUCCAGAUAUUUUUAAAGGUAAGUGAAUUGUUACACGACAUGCGUCUCAACCGUACUGUAAAUGUAUAAGCGUACAAAUGUGACUGAAAACGUGAAAACAUCUUUUUUUGUGUGAAAAAAUAAAUAAAAAAUAAGUGAAAUAAAAAAUAAAGUGGCCAGACAAGACUAUCGGCCAUGGACUUUGACGGCACAAUCGAAAGUGUCAAAGAAAGCAUAUAAUAUCUUGCAGCAAUGAGGCGCCCAACGCUACACCCCUGCCAAAGAUGGUUUUGGAAUAGAAUGUUGAGUGUUUUUUGUGUGUAUUUAGGAGCAAAGGUUGCAUUGGUGAUAGCCAAUUACAAGCGGAAACCAUAAAACACCUUUAAAUACGCCAAACAAGCGUGCUGUCAAUUGCGGAAAAAAUGGUGAAGAUGGAAUUUAAGGUAUGACAAGAUGAAAUACGAAAACGAGGCUCCACGUCAUGACCCUAUAUUAACAAGAGUGAUACUUUUUUAAAGAGUUCAAAUGUAAUAUUGUGACUAUAUAACGCGUCAAUGUUGUUUUAUUACCAAUCGUGGUUUGAGACAUUAUUGACGUCUGAAUUGUUUCACUUUCCUUUUAUUAUAGGUUCUAUUAUACUUGAACAUUCAAAAAAAUGAAAUGAGAACGGCGGCAAAAAAUUCCAGAAAUCUGCCAAGCAGCACAUACCGCCCUGGUUUUCUUCAGUGGCCUUGGAAAAUUGCUGCAAGAGAGGAGUAAGCCCAUAAUUACAUUGUUACUGACACAGGACUCGGGAAAAAUACUAAAAUUUUUAAAUUGUUAUUGUAGCCUUGGGUCACCAACAACGCCAAUACACCCCCGUAUUGGAAGGAGAGUUGAAUCGUCUAGAAUUUAUAAGUGUUUCUAUUUGAAACCCUUAAUUGAUUAAUUUUUUCUGUGUUCUAGGAUCUGAAGAAAACAGACGAAACUAGGCCUAGGGACACCAUUGAGAGAGGUAUAAUAUAAUAAUUUUAAUAUCGAUAUAUUGAUAUGACAUUGAUAUAUGAUCUAAUGCGCUUUACAAAUUUCCAAAACAUAACAAAUGUUUCUAUACUGUACACUAUAAUGUAUAAAUAUGGAAUAUACUAAAAUAUUAAAAAUGUAAAGAAGAAUAAGACAAUCGUUCAAUUUAAGAAUUAGCGUAUGCUUCUCUAAACAAGUGAGUUUUAAGUCGUUUCUUAAAAGAGUUGAUGUUAUUUUCCCUUCAUCAGAUGGUUAAGUCGGUGCCGUUCCCUACCGGAGCUUGCGAAAAGGAUCGAUGCAGCAAAACGUUUAGAGAUAAUUUUAACAGAAACGCCAAAGGUUUGAACACAUGUGAAAGGUAAUGUAGUGCCAGCAGUGGCUGGGGGCCAGACCUUACCAAGGGCCCGUCUUUUUUAUUUGUGAAAAAUUAAAUUAAAAAUAAAUGAAAAUAUAUUUUUAUGUGUGUAAAUAUGGCAUUACGAAGCCCGUCUUUUUUAUUUGUGUGAAAAAUUAAAUAAAAAAUAAAUGAAAAUAUAUUUUUGUGUGUAAAUAUGGUAUUAUGAAGCCCGUCUUUUUUAUUUCUGUGAAAAAAAAAAAAAUAAAUGAGAACAUAUUUUUAUGUGUGUAAAUAUGGCAUUAUGAAGCCGUCUUUUUUAUUUGUGUGAACAAUUAAAAUAAAAAAUAAAUGAAAAUAUAUUUUUACGUGUGUAAAUAUGGUAUUAUGAAGCCCGUCUUUUUUAUUUGUGUGAAAAAUUAAAUAAAAAAUAAAUGAAAAUAUAUUUUUGUGUGUAAAUAUGGUAUUAUGAAGCCCGUCUUUUUUAUUUCUGUGAAAAAAAAAAAAAUAAAUGAGAACAUAUUUUUAUGUGUGUAAAUAUGGCAUUAUGAAGCCGUCUUUUUUAUUUGUGUGAACAAUUAAAAUAAAAAAUAAAUGAAAAUAUAUUUUUACGUGUGUAAAUAUGGUAUUAUGAAGCCCGUCUUUUUUAUUUGUGUGAAAAAUUAAAUAAAAAAUAAAUGAAAAUAUAUUUUUGUGUGUAAAUAUGGUAUUAUGAAGCCCGUCUUUUUUAUUUCUGUGAAAAAAAAAAAAAUAAAUGAGAACAUAUUUUUAUGUGUGUAAAUAUGGCAUUAUGAAGCCGUCUUUUUUAUUUGUGUGAACAAUUAAAAUAAAAAAUAAAUGAAAAUAUAUUUUUACGUGUGUAAAUAUGGUAUUAUGAAGCCCGUCUUUUUUAUUUGUGUGAAAAAUUAAAUAAAAAAUAAAUGAAAAUAUAUUUUUGUGUGUAAAUAUGGUAUUAUGAAGCCCGUCUUUUUUAUUUCUGUGAAAAAAUAAAUAAAUAAAUGAGAACAUAUUUUUAUGUGUGUAAAUAUGGCAUGAAGCCGUCUUUUUUAUUUGUGUGAACAAUUAAAAUAAAAAAUAAAUGAAAAAUAUAUUUUUACGUGUGUAAAUAUGGUAUUAUGAAGCCCGUAUUUUUUAUUUGUGUGAAAAAAUAAAUAAAAAAUAAAUGAAAACAUAUUUUUAUGUGUAAAUAUGGCAUUGUACGAAGCUUGCAUUAAUGUCUUCUUUUUCAUUAGAAUGGGCUCGUACAAAUUGAAUAUUGAAAACUUGACACGGGCUCAACGUGCCGAUCUGAUUCGUUUUCUGGGAGAAGGUAGUUCGCAUUUAACAAUUCAGUUCUCUCUUACUAUGAAAGUAUUGUCAAAUGCAUCUGUUAUAUAAUUCACUGAAGGGCUUGAAUCCGGCAUGCAUCUGAUUGGAUGACGACUCACUUUAAACUUGCUGAGCACGCGCAGUUGAUCACUUUUUUCCCAGUCGCCUGAAAAAAAUUGGGCACAUGAAAACGUAAGCUUCCGCAGUGUUUACGACAGUCAGUUACAGCUCUGUACGUCUCUACUCUGUGUUCGUGAGGUUGUUUGCUCCCGCUUGCGUUCAAGGCAUGCGAGCCUGCGUAAUUAGUCCAGUGUAUACCGGCUCCUGGCAUAUCGCGGCAAAUGUAUAGAUAGGAAUAUGGCAUACAGCCCAUAUGCCAUAUGCCUACAGUACAGGUAACUGAAACGUUAGAAACAAUUUAAAAAUAUUCAUCUGGGUUAUAUGGUUAUUGAAUAUUCUCACCAUUUUAUUAAAAAAUUCACGAUAAAAACAUUGCUCAAUAAUAUCUGUAAGCUUAAGACGAUAAUAUCGUCUUUAGAUUAAAUUAUCCUUUUUUAAUAAUUACUAUGCAAAUCUCUGCUUUCGCCCGGCCAGCUAAGACUUGUAUAUAUUAACUGAUGAAAUGUGACAGAAUUGCCAGUUACCCAAUAGUCGCAGGCUAGUUACCCAACAAAGUGUUUGGGACGUAAUUUUCUGAAAAGCGACAAAUUGUGAUUCACAUUUAAUUAUUACUAGAUUACAAAGUGCUAUUUGAUUAUGCCGGAUGGGCAAGUAUCUGGCUAAAAGCUAAAAAUAAAUCUAACUGGAAAGCUUCCCUACACAAAAAAAUGAAUAUAUUUUUAAAGGUAUAAGUGAAUGAACCUUUCACUAAAAUAAUUUCAUCAAUGAAAACAUAUUUUUAUGUGUGUGAAUAUGGCAUUACGAAGCUGUCUAUUUUAUUUGUGUGAAAAAAUAAAUAAAACAUUUUUAUGUGUGUAAAUAUGGCACUAUUACGAAGCUGUCUUUUUUAUUUGUGUGAAAAAAUAAAUAAAACAUUUUUAUGUGUGUAAAUAUGGCACUAUUACGAAGCUGUCUUUUUUAUUUGUUUGAAAAAAUAAAUGAAAAUAUCUUAUUGUAUACCCGUAAAUAUCGCGUUGCUCAUUUGGUGCUGAUUCCUUAACGAUACAUCAUUGUGAUGAUUCCUUAAACAGGACCAGAUGCAUUUAGUUAAUUUCAUAUUUUAAUCUACUGAAGCCGAAAAAAGCUUCUUUAUUGUGCAUGGCAAGUGUGAUUGUGUGUGGUCAACUGUUUCGUAACGAACCACAAAGUUUUCUUUUGAGCCACAGUUAUUAUCCUAAUUGCAAAAUUAAUCGUAUAUUUAAGUCUAUAUUAACAAAAUAAUACACACGUAUCCAGAUCUACAUGUUAGCAAAAACAAAAAAAAUCCGGAUGACCUGUGAACAUGCCAGGGUUGCAAAAUCCACCCAGGACUUCAAUGACUCUACUGGAUCAAUCCAUAGGAAGAGUUUAGAACUUUGGUAGACCAGUCCAGAAAAUUAAUGUGAUGACUUGAUAUUUUUAAUUUUUGUUUCUAGCUGUUCCGGUCACAAAACAACCUCUCUGCCGUUCCCUACGGAGCUGGCCAAACGAAUUGGCGAUGACAAAAGUUUGGAAACAAUUUUAAUAGAAACGGCCAAAGGUUCGAACGCAUUUAAGUUUUAAUACAUUUCUUUGUACAAGGCAUUUAGGGGCAAAGGUUGCAUUAGUGAUAACUAAUUACAAGUACAUAUCCAUACCACCAUUAAACACACCUACAAGCGUGCUGCCCAUUGCCACAAAAAUGGAUGGAGUCCAAGGUACUAUCCCUGUUCUAAAAAGGUUGCCACCCGAAAUUGGCUGCGUGAGAAAGGCUAAUUUGAUUGCAUUAUCAUUGUUUCCUAGACUUACCGACUGGCCCAGCAACUAUGAUAUGAAAGUAAAUUUUACAUAGACUGCCAUCUCGAUUGACAAAUAUUGUCGAGGUGGUGGCAACAAUUUCCAUGUUGGUGUUAAUAUUUCUAAACCGUGGUAUGUAGAGAAGUACGUCAUAUAUUUAAAUCUUGAAAAAGCGCUCAUUGGCGGUUGUGCCUGACAUUUCGACUCCGGUAUUUUGUGUUGCAAUUUAUUAAUUAAGUCAUGUUUUUAGGGCAUACCGAAAUCUGUAAAUAUGCAACUUGUGGACCAGAUGACUUUACAGAUAUACAACAUUAACCGAACCGAGGUAUUAUAUUAGCUAAAUUUGUUUUUCUUUUUGCAUGCAUGCUUCUUGGACGUCUGAUUCUUUAAUAUUUUUUUAAAACACUAUUGACUAGAAAUAACGAUAAUACAUCUCUCAUAUUACUCGUAUUGAAUUGAAACUAGUCUUCCAUAUCUCUAAAGACGGUUUUGAAAUAUAAUGUUAAGUGGUUUUUUAAUUACACUGUGUGUUAUUUAGGAGUUGCAUUAGUGAUCGCCAACAACCAAUACCAAAGAUUGCCAACGUUAGAAACACCAACAAGCGUGGUUUUGAUGGUAGGCAAGCUUGUCAAGAUGGGGUUCAAGGUAUGACAUUAAGAUGAAAUUUAUAGAUUAGAUGCAGUCAUCCAAUAUAUACUCAAAUAAGAACAGAACAAAUCAGCGAUGAUUGCCCAAAAUAUUAACUAUUAAAAAUAAAUGAAAAUUAAAAAUAAAUGAAAAAUAAAUGAAAUGAUGGUGAUGCUCAUUCGCCAGGAACUGGCACAGUGAUAGAAGGAAAAAUCAGUCAUUUGGAGAAAAGGUUUGCUUCAGACUGUUGCUGCGACGACACAAUCGAAAGUGCAGGAAAGGCAAGCCUGUACCUUGCAGAAAUAAAGGCGGCCAAAAGAAAAAUUUUACUACUAAAUUGCUGUAGAAAGAAGACCAUAAUGAAAGAUUAAAUGGCAGGAAAGGGUUUGGGAAGACAAAAUACCUUGGCAAUACACAUGUUUGUGUUACACCAUUUAUAUUAUAUAUUUUAUUUCAUAAUUGUGAAUGAGGUGACCAAUACACCUUUCUAUUUACAAGACCAGGAGCAACAGGGAAUCAGAAACAUAUCACCCGAAGUGAUAUUUAUCAAAAGCACGUUAAUUUUAGUAGGGUUCUCAGUAAGGCUCUCUAUAUAUUUCUUGUCAAAUCUGUAGAAAUCUAAGACAUCUAAUACUAUUUUUUCUUGUUUAGGAGCCAAUGACGGUUCGAUUUGAUAUGGUGUAUGAAAAGAGAGACGGUAAGGGAUCGUUGUCGCGAAAAGUGAGAAUUUCGCCAAAGUACGAACUUUGCCUUUUGAAACAGAAAUGACGCGACGACAUGAUGGCUUUUCACCAGAUGUGAAGAAGGCGAAGAAUGCAGUGGUGCACGACUACAGUGGCCAUGCCAAUAUAACCAUAAAGAGAAAGAACACCUGCCAUUGGAAAGGAUUGUGGAAUAAAAAAAUCCAGAUAUUUUUAAAGGUAAGUGAAUUGUUACACGUCGGCAAGUGAAUUGUUACGUCUCAACCAUACUGCAUGUAAGCGUACAAAUACCACUGAAAACGUGAACACAUUUUUUUUCAGUAAAAAAUUAAUUAAAAAUAAAUUAGAAGUAAAUAAAUAAAUUAAAAUAAAAAAUAAGUGAAAUGAAAAAUAAAGUGGCCAGACAAGGCUAUCGGCCGUGGACUUCGACGGCACAAUCGAAAGUGUCUGGCGGCCAUCGAUUACAUGUAUGAUGGAAAAAUGGGAACGCCAGCAAGCCUUUAUCUACAAGCAAUGGCGGCAGCAAAACAAAAGAUUGUCCUGCUCAAUUGCUGCCGAGAAGAGUAAGACCAUAAUUAUUGUUAUUGACACAGAACUCGGGAAAAAUACUAAAAUUUUAAAUUGUCAUUGUAGCCUUCCUAGCAUACAGACAAUGCGAGAACCGAUGAAUGCAAUGAAAAUCGACCAGAAAAAGGUCACCAACAUUAUGCAGGAUCCCAUAUUAGGAAAAAUGAAAAUCAACAAAAAAUGUCAUAGUGGCGUUUGCUUGGUAAGCGUUUUAUAGACUCCGAGAUUAUACCUGAACCUCACGAAAUAAAAUGAGAACGGCGGCAUCGACAUUCGGGAGAAUAUGUGAAGGAGCACAUACCGCCCUGGGGUUUUUUUUUGUGUUUUUUUUUUUCGUGACCACGGCGGUGGCUUGGAUGGCCAGGCAAGGCUAUCGACCGUGGAUUUUGACGCCAAAAUUGAGAGCCUCGAAGCUGUGCUGAAAGCAAGCCCGACACCUCGAAGCAAUGGCGGCGGCCGAAAGAAAAGUGUUGCUGCUAAAGGAGUAAGACCAUAAUUAUUGUUAUUUAGACAGAACUCGGGAAAAAUCUUUAACUUGUUAUUGUAGCCUUCGUAGGAGAGGGUUAAGUCCUUAACUGGAAUUAUUUUCCUUCCCAUCGUUUUCACGGAUACGUGUUAUGAUCUGGACUGUUGCAAGUUUAAAAAAAAAUACACCUGCAUCUAUAUUAACAAAACAAUACACACGUAUCCAGAUCUACCGUACGUUAGCAAAAACAAAAAAAAAAUCCGGAUGACCUGUGAACAUGCAGGGUUGCAAAAUCCACCCAGGACUUCAAUGACUCUACUGGAUCAAUCCCUAGGAAGAGUUUAGAACUUUGGUAGACCAGUCCAGAAAAUUAAUGUGAUGACUUGAUAUUUUUUAUUUUUGUUUCUAGCUGUUCCGGUCAUAAAACCUCUCUGCCGUUCCCUACGGAGCUGGCCAAACGAAUUGGCGAUGACAAAAGUUUUGAAACAAUUUUAAUAGAAACGGCCAAAGGUUCGAACGCAUUUAAGUUUUAAUAAAUUUCUUUGUGUGUUCUUCAUUUGCUAGAUAGACUUAUUGCAAGACUUUAAAAAACUCAUUAAUUUAUAGUCAUGCUAAAUAAAGUUCUUAUUUUCAUUACCAUGUCAGUGCGCAGUGCAAUGCAUCAAAACUUUGUAUAUAGGCCUAUCUAUCAGCCUUAAUGCAUGCAUAUAAGUAAAUCAUGCAUGGUUCAUGUUUUACAUAACUUGUAGAUUUAUAAUAAGGUGAUUGGUAAAUAAUAGCUCUAAUAAUAGCAAAUAAUAACGAAGUAACGGCCAGAACGUAUACGUGGCUAUAUGUGAAACUGUCCGCCUUGUCUUUGCAAGCUAGCUCCAGUUGUGAAACUUUCUUGUGUAUUUCUGCUUAUCCUCUCACUCGGGUGAAUCAGGUUUGAAUGUCCAAACAACGUGAAAUGCGCAAACUAGAUUAGUUUGAGCAUUGCUGGCGAAGAUCUGUCGAUUUUGUGAAUUCGAAUCUUUUUAUGCCAGGUGAUCAAGAAAUAAACUUGCCCCUAAAUUCUAACCUAUGCAAUCCCAUAUGAAAAUGUGACCUAAUGUCUUCCGUUUCGUAAUACAGACAUGCACAAUCACAAGCAAUGAACAUCAACAUAUUACCGUUCAUGCCGAGCAGUCUAAUUCUGUAAUUAUUUUGUUAAUAUAGCUGUUGACCAAUACAAGAUCAAGGAUUUAAGAGUUGGAACAAUAUGUCGCCACAGCACGAUGGAUGAAGAAUUAUUUCUCAACCAAUGUACCAAUGUAAACCGAACAAAAAGAUGCUGCCAUUCUGCGGGAGCAAUACGGACUAGGUAAGGCUGUUGACCAAUACAAGAUCAAGGAUUUAAGAGUUGGAACAAUAUGUCGCCACAGCACGAUGGAUGAAGAAUUAUUUCUCAACCAAUGUACCAAUGUAAACCGAACAAAAAGAUGCUGCCAUUCUGCGGGAGCAAUACGGACUAGGUAAGGCUGUUGACCAAUACAAGAUCAAGGAUUUAAGAGUUGGAACAAUAUGUCGCCACAGCACGAUGGAUGAAGAAUUAUUUCUCAACCAAUGUACCAAUGUAAACCGAACAAAAAGAUGCUGCCAUUCUGCGGGAGCAAUACGACUAGGUAAGGCUGUUGACCAAUACAAGAUCAAGGAUUUAAGAGUUGGAAGAAUAUGUCGCCACAGCACGAUGGAUGAAGAAUUGUUUCUCAACUGUACCAAUGUAAACGAACAAAAAGAUGCUGCCAUUCUGCGGGAGCAAUACGGACUAGGUAAGGCCAUAGUCAAUAUAAUAAACAAGGUUAUAGCCAGGUAUUCGAUGGAAAUACAAAAGAUCAUAUCUAUAUAUAUGCAUGUUACUUUAUAUCCUCACAUGCGUAUUUUUUUCAAUUACAAUGUUUUUAAUGGACCUAUUCCUGAUGAACAAUUUUGAUCUCAACAAGUCUAGACAAACAUUUCACUACAGCUUGAAAGAGCAUCACAAAAUUAGUAAUAUUCCAAAGUUUCGUUGUGAAAUGUUGUAAAAUGCGGAUAAUAUAGCCUUGCGAAGUUUGCCGUUUUCAGUCAUUUUGUAUUACGCACAGGAAUAUAUCCAUUACACAUUGACAUUAUGUUUUAACUGGAACAAUAAUACACGUCUCAACCAUACUGCAUGUAAGCGUACAAAUACGACUGAAAACCUGAAGACUUUUUUUUUUCAGUAAAAAAAUUAAUUAAAAAUAAAUUAGAAGUAAAUAAAAUAAUUAAAAUAAAAAAAUAAGUGAAAUGAAAAAUAAAGUGGCCAGAAAAAGCUAUCGGCCGUGGACAUCGACGGCACAAUCGAAAGUGUCUGGCGGUCAUCGAUUACAUGUAUGAUGGAAAAAUGGGAACGCCAGCAGCAAGCCUUUAUCUCCAAGCAAUGGCGACAGCAAAACAAAAGAUUGUCCUGCUCAAUUGCUGGCGAGAAGAGUAAGACCAUAAUUAUUGUUAUUGACACAGAACUCGGGAAAAAUACUAAAAUUUUAAAUUGUCAUUGUAGCCUUCCUAGCAUACAGACAAUGCAGGAACCGAUGAAUGCAAUGAAAAUCGACCAGAAAAAGGUCACCAACAUUAUGCAGGAUCCCAUAUUAGGAGGAAUGAAAAUCAACAAAAAAUGUCAUAGUGGCGUUUGCUUGGUAAGCGUUUUAUAGACUCCGAGAUUAUACCUGAACAUCACGAAAGAAAUGAGAACGGCGGCAUCGACAUUCGGGAGAAUAUGUGAAGGAGCGCAUACAGCCCUGGGGUUUUUUUUUUCGUGACCACGGCGGUGGCUUGGAUGGCCAGACAAGGCUAGCGGCCGUCGAUUUCGACAGGAAACAAUACAAGCAAGCCUGUCCUGAAAGCAAUGGCAGCAGCCGAAAGAGAAGUGUUACUUCUAAAUUGUUACAGAGAGGAGUAAGACCAUAAUUAUUACUUCGUAAGCAUUCUAUUUACCUUUCUAGCGGCCAAUGAUGUUUUGGACGACGAACUAAUGGGAUUUGUUUUAUUUUUAAUGGUUUUGUUUGUAAUGGAUUUCUUCUGAGAAGAUACAUAAGUAGAAAGAUUAUUUUACAUCAUCUUCAAAUCAUUCUUGGACGUACACCAACACGUUUAAUUCCCAAAACGUGCGAUAAGCAGCCUAAAGCAGGAUGUGGCUUGGCGAAACAACAAAAUGAAAAUUAUAGAUCACAUAAAAAAUUGUAUGUCAGGAAAGUGUCUGGGAAGAAAAAAUAAAUUAAAAAAUAAAUGAAAAGGUUCUAAAAAGGUUGCCACCCAAAAAUGGCUGGCGUAAGAAAGGCUAAUUUGAUUGUAUUUAUCUUUGUUUUCUAGACUUACCGACUGGCCCAGUCACUGUUUUUAGCAACUACGACCUGAAGGUAAACUUCAGCUGGGCCGCCAUUGCGACCAACAUGGUUGAAGUCUCCGCGGCAAUCCAUAUGCUGCAAGGCGGUAUCAUCAUUGUCGAAUCGGGAUGGACUGUGGAGUAUAUACAAUACAAGCCUGUCCUGGAAGCAUGGCAGCAGCCGAAAGAAAAGUGUUACUUCUAA